AGACAGAAGGAACGACCGUACAAAUCUAGAGACUCAACGGCUAUCAAGCAUUACACCGACUUGAUCAAAGCUGAAAUCAAACGCCUCUCUGCUUUGUACGCCUCCCAGUUUCUGCUCUGUAACAACAGCAAGCGAAUUUGGCAAGCUGUCAAACUGCUCUGUGGGACCAAAUCCAAAACUUCGGAUUGUACAACGGAUUUGGACAGUGCUAAUGCAGCAUUUAUCCACCCAUCAAGCGAAGCGAUCACGCCAUUUGUUCUGGACGAUGCCGUUCAAGUAGAGGCCGUCUCGAAAGAAGAAACCCUUGAGCUUUUGCGUACCGUGAAAACCACGUGA